AUGGGAAGAGACCUCAACUUGAUCAAGAUGGGGACAGAGCUGAUUCAAUGCUCCAUUUGCCUUGAAUUUCCAAUAGAGCCAUUGGAAUGCAAAGGUUGUGAUAACUUAUUUUGCAAAGAAUGUCUGCUGCUUUGGUUUCGGGUCACAGAAAAGCUAGAAUGCCCACACAGAUGUGAAAAAUUGUAUUUUAGCACUGUUGACCAUACCUUAGCAAGAUUAACCAGAUGUGUCACUACAAAAUGCCGAAAUGAAAACUGUUCUUACCAAGGAAGCAUUGAUGAAGUAACAAAGCACGAAGAGUUAUGCAUCCCUCUAAAUGAAAACAGAGCAGAUAUUGCAUAUGAGAAAAUAGUGGAAUUAAUCAAUAGUCGAAGGGAUGCUGAAUGAAUGAUGUAUUUGCUGUCUGCCUAUAGACCCCCGCCACCUUAUUACUUGUGUUAUUAG